CUAGACGGCAUUUGCCAAUUAAAUCGAUCAAUAGUUACCCAGCUGAUUAGUGAUGUCACUGUCAUUUACGUUUGAAACAACGAUUAUAGUUUUUAUGAAUAUCGGGUUGCAAUUCUCUUGCUUUAGCUUGCAAAUAAGAAAUUACUUUUGAUCGUUUUAGAAGAUUUGAUAACCCCCUCGUAUCCGUAUAGUGAUUUAAUUUUUUUAAUUAUGGUAUUGAUUUGAUUUUGAGGUUCGUCCAUCUGUCAUUUUUUUAUUUUACUUUUGGGGAUUGCGCUGCCGAGUUGGGUUGAGUAAACUACAUUUUUAAGGUCAUUGACAAGAUUUAUUGUUGUAUAACUCGCUGUUUUCACUUUAUAAAAAGUGCAUUGUCUGUUGUGCAGUUCGUUUUGUAACACACCUUCGCUGUUAUCCUCGAAAGAUGAGCUUCCUAUUUGGAAGCCGUUCGUCGAAGACGUUCAAACCAAAAAAGAACAUACCAGAAGGUACACACCAGUAUGAGUUGAUGAAACAUGCGGCAGCUACAUUGGGCUCAGGUAACUUGCGACUUGCUGUGAUGCUCCCCGAAGGGGAAGACUUGAAUGAAUGGGUGGCUGUGAACACUGUAGAUUUUUUCAAUCAAAUCAAUAUGCUGUAUGGGACCAUUACUGAAUUUUGUACGGAAGACAGUUGUCCGAUAAUGUCGGCGGGCCCCAAAUAUGAAUAUCACUGGGCAGAUGGACACACAGUCAAGAAACCUAUCAAGUGCUCGGCACCCAAAUACAUAGAUUAUCUUAUGACUUGGGUGCAGGAUCAGCUAGACGAUGAAACUUUAUUCCCAUCAAAAAUAGGUGUGCCGUUUCCAAAGAACUUCCAAUCAAUAGCAAAGACUAUUUUGAAGAGGUUAUUCAGAGUAUAUGCUCACAUCUACCACCAACAUUUUAGUGAGGUCGUACAUCUAGGAGAAGAAGCACAUCUCAAUACUUCCUUUAAGCAUUUUAUAUUUUUUGUUCAGGAAUUUAGCCUCAUAGAAAGAAGAGAGCUAGCACCACUACAAGAACUGAUAGACAAGCUAACAGCAAAAGAAGCGCGAUAGAAAAAUUGAACGAAUAUCGAAAGAAAGAUCUGUUUGCCUUCACCCGUGCAUUUACACACGCCUUUCACUUCUCUUUAUAUCCUUCUCUUUCACACAUAGUUGAAGCUUUUUUCCAGUCGCUGAUCGCAUACUCUUAGGAAUAUGGGCUUCCCAAUGACGGUGUAGAAAGGAUGUGCUUCAUAUGUGCACACAUAUAUUUUAGCAUCACAGAUCUAUCUUUAUUUAGGUCUUUGAUGAUCGCAACAGGGUUCCUUUUCGUAUUUAACGCGUUCGUUCGGUUCGGACAUGUCAUCUGACAGUUAGGUUUUUAGUUUAGGCGCUUACUCUUCACUCUGAAGUUAUAGAUAUUGUUUAGGUAUCUAAAUAUGACGCGAGCAAUUUAACAGAUGUCGAUAUCUACUAUAUAUAGUAAAAAACGAGAUUAAAAUUGGGUAGUGGUUCCAACCAUCCCAUACAAAUUUGGAAUUAAAGGCAUCCAAAAAAUGAGUAUUUUUUAGAAUUUUUUAUCAUCGUCUCCUCAUUUAAUUUUAGCAUGUCAGCUAAUCCAAAAAAUGGGAAUUGAAAAACAAUAAACAUGAUAUAAUGAUCAUAUGGAUAAAAUAUCAGUAUUUUGUAUGUAUAAUUUUAGACAAUUUUAUCAAUUUUCUAAGAACCUAACUGGUGUAGAAAAUCGUUUUUAAGCUAUAGUUUCCAGCUUGACUUGUAAGAAUAUUUGUGCAAUGCUGUCCUUUAUUGUAAUUUAUAUGCUAAGUAGCCACCAGAUUAUAUGUUUGUAUAUUUUUUCACAUUAUGUUUAGUCAGUGCAUAAGCUCUAUCUAGUUGACAACUAUUGUAUUUUGUAAACGGACAAUAUAAUGUUAAUUUGAUUUACAUUAUUUACAAAAGCUGAAAUAUUUAAUUUUUUCAUUAGCAUGAAGUAAAAUUAGAUAAAUGUAGUUUUUUAAAAUAUUUUCGUACUUGCUGAAUAUAUUGUAUUUUUUUAUAAUGCACACGAAUAUUUACUAAAUUAUUUGAUGUAUGUACAUAAUUAUUGUUUUAAUCA